AUGGGCUUUGAUGGCACGUCAGUAACGGAUCAAGUCAAGACCUUGAUCGAAAAGUAUCACGUAGGCUCAAUAUUGCUCAAGGCUCAGAACCUCAAAUCUGCCGAACAAGCUACUCAACUUAUUCUUGAUCUCCAGACCCUUGCUCGCCAGGCUGGCCAUCCGGUCCCGCUCUUGAUUGCAUUAGAUCAGGAAAAUGGCGGCGUCAAUAGUCUGUACGAUGAAGUCUACAUCCGCCAAUUUCCCAGUGCCAUGGGCUUGGCCGCUACUGGCUCGAAGAAGCUGGCCAAAGACAUCGCGCGCGCCACUGCUCAAGAAUUGAAUUCAUGCGGUAUCAAUUGGAUUCUGGGCCCGGUGCUUGAUGUAUUGACUAAUGCCAGGAACCAGCCGCUAGGUGUUCGGUCUGUAGGCGACGAUCCUCAGGAAGUCUCUGCGUAUGGCGUUGAAUGCAUCAAGGGAUACCACGAGGGCGGAGUUGCGACAUGCGGCAAACACUUCCCUUCCUAUGGCAACCUAGAGUUCUUUGGUGUGCCAGACGAUGUGCCGACCAUCACGGACUCGCUUGAGAAUCUGAGCCAGACUGCCUUGAUUCCCUUUCGGGCGGCAAUCGCACAUGGUAUCGAUUCUAUGAUGGUCGGUGGUGUUGCAAUGGCGUCGUCCCAGGUCAAUGUCAUGCAUGCUUGUCUAUCGGAACAGAUUGUCCGAGAUCUUUUACGGCAUGAAUUGCGCUUCGAUGGUGUCGUCGUCUCCGAAUGCCUCGAGAUGGAGGCUUUGAGUCGCAAUAUUGGCAUCAGUGGUGGCACAGUCAUGGCUUUCAAAGCCGGCUGCGACCUGAUCCUCACCUGCCGAACGCUCUCAGUACAAGAGGACGCAAUCAACGGUCUGACAGCCGGCUUAGACAAUGGUAUGAUCGAAAGGUUUCGAGUGCAAGAGUCGGUGCAGAGAAUUCUCAACAUGAAGGCUAAGUAUACGUCCUGGGAGAAGGCCUUCUCGCCAAGUGGAAUAGACAACCUUGCGCGCCUGCAACCACUUCACACGAGCCUGUCAACAACGGCAUACAACAAAUCAAUCACCGUGGUUCGAGACCAGAACCACUAUCUGCCUCUGUCAAGGGUCAUAAACGCCGAUGAAGAGCUGCUCCUGUUGACUCCCCUGGUCAAGCCCUUACCAGCAUCCGCCUUAUUUCAUUUUCUCCAGAACGAAGCAACAACAGUGCCUCACCUGGGCCGAAGUCCGAGCAUUGAUACAAAUACCUCAAUUAUGAGUGGGGAACAAGUCUUUAAGGAACUGGGCCGAAUGCUUGCGCGAUAUCGCAACGGCAAAAUCUCCCACACCUCGUAUACGGCAAAUGGGGUUAGGCCUCUCCACGAAAACUUAUUGAAUCGAGCGCGCGGAGUUGUGGUAGUCACGGCUGACGCAGGUCGAAACAUGUACCAAAAUGCAUUCGCGAAACACAUCUCGAUGUUAUGCAAGCUGUCUGUUGGACCAGAUGGCACCACCAGGGAAAAGCCCUGCGUCGUGGUCGCCGUCAGUUCGCCGUUUGAUUUUGCCUCGGACACUUCUAUUGGCACGUAUGUUUGUACUUACGACUUCACCGAGUCCGCACUGCAAGCAUUGGUUCAAGUCCUCUAUGGCGAGCUUGCUCCCGCAGGCGUGCUCCCAGGCUCAUUCAGUCAGAGACCGCAGACCAGCCAUACAAGACAACAGUGGCUUGUAGAAAGUUUCAGCGAAGACCGAGACUCGACAGCUCUGGAUGGGCUUCUUCUACAAUCGCAAGAUGAGCCAUCUGUGCAUGCAGCAUCUUUGAGAAACGCAACUUCAAGCACCUUCCUUCUUCGUGAUCCAGAUGUGGAAGAGGCGCAUUUCGUGGUUCGGAACAGCAGCACGAAGGAGUUGUUUGGGUUUUGCACAACAUACUACUUCAAGAACAGCGGCGUCGGACAUAUUGGGGCUAUCAUCGUUGACCCGGCGCGCAGACGCCUCUCAAUUGGUCACUCGUUGCACGACCGUGCUGUCCGGGCAUUGCUCCAGAAGAAAGGAAUCACCAAGUUCCAGCUCGGCGUGAGGUUUCCGCACGUCUAUCUGGGCAUACCCAAGUUGGAUCCACUCGAAUACAAGCGACAGCGUCAGUGGUUCGCGAAACUCGGCUGGAAUGUGUCCCUCUCGACGCCUGUCGCAACCAUGAUGAUCCGUGACCUUUCCAUGUGGUCGGCUCCGGAGGGACUCGGCCAAGCAUUAUCGCUUUCAGAAGUCAAGUAUGACUUGGUCCAUGGCGCCGAGUACACCGAUGCCAUGAUGGAGCAUCUCACUAGAUGUGCACAGACUGAUGUUCGAGGGAUCCACCAAAGGGCCCUCGGCGAUAAAGCUGGCUGUGGCAUCAUUCGAGCCAAACGGGCUUCUGACCAAGCCAUUCUCGCCAGCAUACUGAUGUGCCGACCUGGGUCGAUGAUUGCUCGCUUUAUCCCAUCAGUGUCCAAGCAGGUCGGAGCGGCGUGCCUGUCAUCCCCAGUCAUUUCGACGAUGUACAGCGAUCGGGUCACCCUUUUUCAAGGUCUGGUUCUGUUGGGUAUACGGCAGUUGAAGAAACAAGGCGUGCGCACGGUGCUGUUGGAUUAUACCCGUGAAGACUUCACCAUCCACAGUCUGAAAGCAUUGGGCUUCACGAUCACAAACAGCUUUGAGGAGAUCUCGAGCGAUCCAGUCCAUUGGACCAUGAUGUCGGCAACAUGA